AAGGCAUCAGCAAACGGGGCAUCAAAAACAACAGGGAUGUUAACACAAUUUACGUUUUAUGGCAAAGGUACAUUUGACAGACCAUCAAUAAAUCAAGCAUCAGGCGAAAGACACACUCUCACAUUACUCUGUGGUUUGAAACUACCAAAAAGAAAUGUCUGUUUUUCGGUUUUUUUGUCAUACAAUUUUUAGUGGGUAGUUUUGCAAUCAUAUCUACGGCGGCCAAAUUGUAGACUUUGUGUUGUGCAUCUCUUUGUGUUUACUUUAGAAUUUUGUAGAAUCGUAUUCAUUAAUCAGUCAUAGAAAUAUGUAAUUAUACUUGUGAUGAUACCCUUGAAAUUAAUGGCAAGACGAUUUUACUGGGACAAUUGCUUCCAACUCACAUCAUCGAUGCUUCUGGGCCUGGUCGCAGUGUUUGCGAUACCCUCCAUACUGCGGGUGCUCAUCAGCUCCCGGCGCUCGAACUCCACGUACACGGCCUACAGAAGAUACCUCUCUACUUUACUCCACACGGUCUCAUGGUUUGAGCACGAUCUGACACCAGGGAGCAAAUCGUGGAAAUCGCUGCUAGCAGUUCGCGCGCGUCACAUCAAAGCCGGCCUCUCAGCUAACCUUAAAGGCCAGGGUAUUGUCUCGCAGAGGGAUCUAGCCCUCACACAGUUUGGCUUUGUUGGCUUUUCCAUUCUCAAGCCAGAGAAAUUCGGAUUACAAAAAAAUGAGAAUAGUGACUGGGAAGCUUAUAAUCAUUUCUGGAGAGUUAUUGGUCACGCCAUAGGUUUGGAAGACAGGUACAACAUAUGCCGAAGGAACAUCCAAGAAACUCGGGAGGUUUGCCAAAUUCUUCUACGUCGUGUUUGGACACCUUGCUUGGAGAACGUGCCAGAAUACUACGAGCACAUGGCUCGGGUGAUGCUAGACGGUCUGUGGUGCAUCAACCCAACUAUCCACCUCGACUCCAUGAUAUACUUGACCAAGUACCUGAGCGACGUGCCCGGAUAUGUCUAUACUGAGGCGGACAGGUUAAACUUGCAAGAUAGAAUAAGGGAACAGUUGAAAGGAAAAUCAGAAGACAUUGGUGUGGACACGGCAAGCUUAAUAUCAAAGGCGCCUUUUGACCUACCCCAAAACCCGCCUCGACUUCUCUAUCUGCAUGACUACGACUUGUUAGAGACGGUACCGCCCUAUAAAAAGCUCCCAUGGGCUGCGAAAUACAAACUAGGGCUCAAAGCGGCCAUUGCGGCUCUAUACACGUCCUACGUAGGCCGCAUUUAUUUCAAUAUGCAUUUCAGAUUCAGUUUAUUCCUAAUGAAGUAUUUCCCAUACAUGGCAUUCUUCAGAUUUGGCGUGAUUAAGUCUUACGUGAGAAUCUUUGUGGAGGACCCAAUUGAUAACGAAGAGCCAAAGCCCAAUUCUUAUUACCAACAGCCGCAGCCUCCACUCCCGUUGUACAAGGAGCUGUUAUCUCUGUUAUGGUGACGCUCAGUUAGCCUUUGCUGAAUAAAAGUGCAACAUUCCAAUAGUUACGCGAUUCCACACCGUGUAUAAGGAACAUUUCUUAGUAUUAAGAACAAUAAUAUCAGUACUAGUGAACCAGUGAACAGCUAUAAGUGUAUACCCAGCCACCAGUGGCCGUUUAAUAAAUAUAAAUAUCCUAUCUCUAGUCCUUUAAUACUUACUCUUUAGAUUUAAGAAUGUUAUAUUUACUUAUUGCCUAGGGCUUCGAAAUAAUGAAUCAAAUGCAGGUAUAGUUUCCCUUCGUCGCCAACGCGCUUUAAGAGCAAUCGCCGGCUCAUACCGAAAGUUGGACUACUUCAAAGACUCGGCACGGACUAUAUGCCCGCAGUGUUCAUUUGUGCAUCGCGAAUCGGAGGAUUCAAAUGACUUAUAUAAUUAUUAUUUUUAUUUACUGUUGUUAUUAAAAUUAUUCAUAAAAAAAUCAGGUACUAAAUUAUUAAGUUAUGAAUUUCCAUUGGUGGCUGGUUAGACAUUUUCUUUUGACAAUAAAAUAACUUUGUUAUACCAUAGCCAAACUAUAUUUGGAAUCAUGAUAAACAAAUCAUGAAUCCUCAUGAUCAGGGUGUCACAAUUUUCUGAAUUUUGCCAGUCAUUGAAUUUUGAUAAACAUUCCAUAUAGAGUUUUGCUAACGUAUAGUGGAUAGUAAUUAAGGACAUUGAAAAUAAACUUGUCAAAGAGUA